AUGCCUCAAACAAACGCGAUAUCGACGAAUACUCUUAUUCAAGCUCUUGCUUGCUCCCACCGUCUUGAUGAAUCCAAGUCCCUUUUUGAUUUGAUGCCCGUUAGAACGGUUGUUUCAUGGAACACACUCCUGCAGGCUUAUACCUACAGCGGGCAGCCGGAGCUAGUGAUCAUCAUCUAUCUCCGGAUGCCUCAUUGGGACGUCGUCUCGUGCUCGUCGUUGAUCGCUGUGUCGGACAAAGACGAUCGCUUGGGUUAUGGCAAGCAGUCCUUUGAUCAAAUGCCUCACCGAAACAUCAUCUCCUGGACCGCCAUGUUUCAGGCGUAUGCCCAAACGGGACAUCUCCAUUCUGCUACAGAGGUGUUUUGCAAGAUGCCCGAGUGGAAUCUAGUGUCCAUGAACGCACUGCUCCAAGCGUCCGCAGAUCUAGAUAGUUUAGAAGUUUCCCAGGAAGUGUUUGCAUGGAUGCCCGACAGGGAUGCAGUGUCGUGGACAGUGAUGCUCCAGGCAAAUGCUCAAGCCGGAGACUUAUCCACAGCAGCAACCAUCUUCAACGAAAUGCCGUGCCGGAGCAUGGUCUCCUGGAACUCCAUGCUGCAAAUCUUAAGCCAGAGGGUCGACUCCAUCACCUAUGCUAAGCUCCUGUUUGAUCUCAUCCCCCAGCACGACACCAUCUCCUGGACAACGAUGAUUGCGGCAUUCGCCCAGGCCGGAUGCGUGGACGAGGCCUGGGACGUGUUCGCCAGCAUACCACAGCACAGCUCCAUCUCCUGGACCGCCAUGAUCGCGGCUUUCACUCACAACGGAUUCACGAGCGAGGCACUGCGACACUUCGAGUCGAUGCCCGAGCAAGGGCUGGCAGCCAAGAACACCAUCAUCUCUUGCCAUGCCGAGGCCACGGGCGAGAUGAGCUCGAGCAAGCGCGUCUUCGAUGAGAUGAGCCAACGAGACGUGGUUACUUGGACGGCCAUGAUUGGGGGAUACGGUCAGGUUGACGCUCCAGAUGAAGCCACGGCGGUGUUUGAGCGAAUGCCACAGUGGGAUCUCGUUGCCUGGAACGCGCUCAUCCAGGCCUACGCGCAAAACGGCGGGGUCGAUGGUAGCAAGAGGCUGUUCGAUGCGAUGCCGAAGAGGAAUCGAGUGUCGUGGAGCACGAUGGUGCAACUGGUUGCCGGGGAGGAUCCGGCGGCCGGGCGAUUGAUGCUGGAGAAGAUGCCCCGCCAGGACGCCGUCGCCUGGACUGCCGUCGUCGCGGCAUACGCGCAGCUGGGCCGACUGUUAGAGAUCGGUGAUCUCUUCGACAGCGUGCAUUGCGUGGAUGUGGUGGCGUGGAAUGCGAUGAUCCAAGCCAACUGCAAGGACUCCAACCUCGAGGGCGCCAAGGCUGUGUUUGAUCGAAUGCCCAAAAGGAAUGUUGUGUCUUGGAAUUCAGUUUUGUCAGCAAAUGCCCAGAGAGGGUAUCUUGAGACUGCGAAACUGGUGUUUGACUCUAUGCCCAGCCGAGAUGUGGUGUCUUGGAACGUUAUGGUUGCGGGCUAUGCUCAGAAAGGGUUUCUAGAGGAAGCUCGGUUCUUGCUGGAGCAGCUUCCACAGGGCGAUGCAACGUCGUGGAACACCAUGUUUGAUGCAUAUGCCUUGAAUGGGCAAUGCUCAAAGGCGCUGGAGCUCUUUCCACUCAUGAACUUGGAAGGAGUUGUGGCCAACGAGGUGAGCUUUGUUAGUAUUCUCGCCGCUUGCAGCCACUUGGGACUUGUCAAGGAAGGAUGGCACCACUUCACUUGCAUGACCGACGAUGUGGGACUAUCGCCCACUCGCGAGCACUACCUUUGUAUGGUGGACAUGCUCGCUCGCUCCGGGCGGCUUUGGGACGCGGAGAACUUGAUAGGAACAAUGCCAUUCCCUCCUGAUGGUGUGGCCUGGGGGACUUUACUAGCGGCUUGCCGAAACAAUGUCGAUGUGGAGCGCGGAGCUCGAGCAGCCGAGGAGGCACUCCAGCACGAGUACGACGUCUCCGGCCCCUACAUGCUACUCUGCAGCAUGCAGGCGGUAGCGGCUCACUGCACAGGCUCUGAGACAAGCGCUCAUCGGCAAACUGGCUUAGUUUAUCAUGAGUUAGAGAGCUCGAGCUUUUACAACGAAGAACGAUCAAGCACGAAACCUAGCUCCCUUGGAGAGUGGCGCUGCUCGAUCGAGAUUCGCCUUGAUAGUCUGCAAGCAUCCCUUGCAGUUGCUGCCUUUGAUGCAGAGGGCGAAGCCACUGACAGUGUUGGGCGACUGGCCGUGGCUAAACUCCGAAGAGACAGCCUGGGGAGCAUGAUCCAGCAGGACUUGAUACACAUCUAG